GUCAUCUCUAAAAAGCGCGUCGUUUCGCUUGUUUUUCUAUUUGUGCUGAAAAAUAUUUACAUUUUGUUAUUUUUUAUGUUUAAUUAAUAUUGUAAUAUUUAUUUAAAAUUGAAGUCAAAUAAAAACAUAAAGAAUAUAUUGAAUAGCAAUGACAGAAGAGGAGAAUGCUGAUACAACAUUAACGGAUGCUGGACAAUUGCCGUCUGAAAAUGAUGUGGCUUUCUUGCAGUUCAUUGAAAUGGAAAAUUUUAAGUCCUAUCGUGGCCAUGUAGUUGUAGGACCAUUAAAACAAUUUACAGCUGUUAUAGGACCAAAUGGUUCCGGAAAAUCAAAUUUCAUGGAUGCCAUCAGUUUUGUUAUGGGUGAAAAGACGACAAGUUUGCGUGUGAAACGUUUAAAUGAUUUAAUACAUGGUUCAUCCAUUGGUAAGCCCGUAUCACGCAGUUGUUAUGUUACGGCCAAGUUUCUUAUUGGUUCGACACAAAUGGAUUUCCAACGUGCUGUUAUUGGUGGCUCUUCGGAGUAUCGUAUUAAUGGUGAAGUUGUUUCAAGUAAUACCUACUUGGGCAGACUGGAAAAGUUGGGAAUUAAUGUCAAGGCUAAGAAUUUCUUGGUGUUCCAGGGAGCUGUCGAGAACAUAGCAAUGAAAACACCCAAGGAACGCACAGCUUUAUUUGAGGAAAUUAGUGGAUCUGGUACUUUAAAAGAAGACUACAAUCGCUUGAAACAGGAAAUGAUAUUGGCAGAAGAAGAAACUCAAUUUACUUACCAAAAGAAAAAAGGCAUUGCGGCAGAACGUAAAGAAGCCAAACAUGAAAAAAUGGAAGCAGAUCGUUAUGCGCGACUUAAAAAUGAAUAUAAUGAAAAACAAGUUGAAUAUCAAAUAUUUCGUUUGUAUCAUGUGGAAAAGGAUAUACAGCGCUUAAAUGAGGAUAUCGAAAGCAAACAACAAGAAAUCAAAGAAGUUGAAAAACGCAAAGAAAGUGCCGAUGAUGUUCUAAAGGAAAAAAAGAAAGAAGCUGGUAAACUAAAUCGUGAAAUGGCUAAAAUUGAUCAGGAGGCCAGAGAAUUCGAGACACAAAUGAAUAAAAAGCAUCCACUGUAUAUAAAGGCUAAGGAAAAAGUGGCCCAUUGUCAGAAAAAGUUAAAAUCUCUGGCGAAGACUUUGGAAACAGCACGCGAAGCUGACAAUGCUCAUCAACAGGAUAUACGUAAACUGGAAAAACAAUUGGCUGAUGUUGAACAAAUGAAAAAACGUUUCGAAGAUGAAAUUGAAAAUGAAUCACAAAAACGCGGCAAAAGUGUACACAUGGAAGAGGGUCUGGUGCAAGAAUACGAUCGUCUCAAACAGGAAGCUGAAGCUACUGCCACACAAUAUCGUUCUCAAUUGGAUUCAGUGAAUCGUGAACAAAAAUCUGAUCAAGAUUUAUUGGACGGUGAAACCAAUCGCAGAGCUUCGGUAGAAGAAGCACUCAAAAAAUUGACACUGCAACGCGAGGAAGCUGUUAAGAGGCGUGACAAAUUAAUGGAUCACAUUAAAUCAUCCCAGGCGGCUUUGGAAGAACAAAAUCGUAUUAAAGAUGAACUUAAACGUGAUGUGGGUUGUUCAAAGGAGAAAAUUUCCGAAAUCCAACGGGAAUUAGAGAAUGUACGUGAUCAAUUGGGUGAUGCGCGCAGUGAUAAACAUGAAGAUGCUCGUCGAAAAAAGAAACAAGAGGUGGUGGAAUUGUUUAAGAAACAGGUACCGGGAGUGUACGACCGCAUGAUUAACAUGUGUCAGCCCACACAUAAACGUUACAAUGUGGCCGUUACCAAAGUUUUGGGUAAAUUCAUG